AUGAGUUUAUCAUCUUUAUUUCGAAAAAUUGGUUUUAUAGUUGGCAAAAGGCCCAAAACUAUUUUUUUAACAAAUUUAUUUUUAUUCCUCCCAUCAUUAUCUUAUUAUUUAAUUAAUGACAUUAAAGUCGAAACUGAUGUAAGGAGAGGGUUUUCCCCUAAGAAUGGAAGGGCAACGGUUGAAUCGAAGGCAUUUGCUGAAUUCUAUAAUGUCUCUAUAGACGGAGUAGAUCUUGUUUUGAUCUUUUUGGAACCAAAAACUUCAGACAAACGCUUGAUUAUGAAUGAUAAAUUGCUUUCAGAUGUGGAGAUUUUAGAUCGUUAUAUAAAAGAACUUUCUAUGGAAAUUAAAAUUGAUGGAUUUUCUGAAGGAAAAAAUGAUAGUCAAAGAGUUGUUCGUUUAAAGGAUUUUAAGACCAGCAAAGGUGAUAUGAAUUAUCUUUUUCACGCAUUUAAAUGGGCAUAUCAAUUACAAAGUACAUCACUUUUAUUAACCUCAGAAUCAAAUAAACAAAUUAAUUUGGACUUUCCAAUAUCUCAAAUCUAUGGUUUUGAUGUUCUUUUGGAUUCUCAUUUUUUUGGUGUUAAAUUGAGAGAAGGAAAUAAUUCAGAGAAGUUUCCCUCAAAAAUUGAAUCUGUGGAAACUAUUGGAAUUUAUUAUUUACUUGACGGAAACAAUAAAAAUAAAAAUCAAAUGGGAAUACUAAAUAAUUUGGAAUUAAAAUUUUUCAAUAAUAUAAAUAAUGGAGAUUUAAAGGAUUUAACUUUCAAAAUUUUAAUUUAUACUGAUCAAUUAGCUAAUUAUGAAAUGAUGAGGAGUGCUAAGAAAAUUACAAGUUUGUUGGGCAUUGGGGUGGUUGCAAUGAUUUUAUUUUUGGUUGUAGCUUUUUGGCAUUUUAAUUGGAAAUCUCAGGCAAUUUUUUAUAAAACAAUUAACCAAGAAAUAAUGCAUAGAUCAGGGAACAAGCUUCCCGUUUCCUGA